CGCAGCCAGUUGGUCUGUUUACCUAUUGCAUUAUACAUUGUACAACCAGUUGUUAACCACCUUUCUUGCUAUAACCACGCAAUCAGGGUCCGAUGCAGUCCUUGCUGAGCAUGCUUUCCUUCCGUCGCUGAACCUUCCAAACAGCAGCUAUGGCGACUGCGUCCCUGGCUGCCCCGGCGCCUCCGCGGCCCUACCGCAGAUUCUUGACCUCUACCCUCCAUAAACGAUUUGUGCAUGCAGCACUGAUUUCUUUACUUCUUGCUUUCAACAAUGCUUUCUGGUUGGGCUCUAAAAGAGACCUCUUCUGGUCAUGGUUUCCAUUCGGUCCAGCAGGCAUCAAGGCCUUGCUAUUUUGGAUGUCCAGCCUGUUCAUAUUCAUGCUUCAGAUAGCGACUCUGAAGAUCGGCAGACGAACAACUGCGUCUCCAUUCGCGACCCUGAGGGCCAAUCUCUUCGGCGGCACGGCGAUCCAGACGGGUUUUUGGUACACAGUUUCCGCCUGGUGGUUUACUGAGGCCUACGUGUGGUCGGCUCCAGACCUCGGAUGGAUCACAAGAGGAAGCCACAGUACCCCUGAUAUGUUGAAUGAGAGGCCGAUCUUUUUCCGCCUGUACACACUGCUUCUGGCUCUGUCUUAUGCAGCAUAUCACCUAUACGAUGGGAAGUCCGCCCUUAUCAUCCCGGUCUCAAGAGCAUCUACGGCCCCGGCCGCUCAGCACCAACCCCAAAGCACCCAUCGCCUGGAUCCAAUCCAGGCCCGUUUGAAACAGAGCUUGUCAUUCGCCCUAAUCCGGAGCGGUGUCGCCGCAUUGUUCAUUUUGUUUGCUGCCGUUGUUCUCAACUGGUUGUGGCUCCGGGAUCUGUUCUGGCAGCUCCAUCUGAUCCUCGCGAAGAUGUUCUUCAACCUGUCCCGGGCAAAUGCUCAGCCUACAGGAAUCCCGCCGCUGGGACCGGACUUCUUAGCCCACUCUCUGGUGGCGGGUUUUUUACUCGUCCUCACCUGGGAACUCACGUCGCUGCUAUUCCUGACGUAUUUGAACCAGCCACCUGUCAAGGCUGGCCUGCCACUUUCUUCAUCCAGCAAAGAUCCUAAUGGAACACUACUCAACGGUUUGAAGGCUAAGCGCGAUGUUGUUAAGACAUUUGCCUUCUGGGAGCUUGCUAUCAUCGCUCAGAGACAUAAAGAACGGAGAAAAGCCAUAUUCGAAGACAUUGAACGACCCGGUGGGCCUUUAUGGAGUCAGAUGUCCGCAGCGGGGUUGAGUGUCUUGCGAGAGGUUGACAUUCGUAUCUCCGGGCCACCUCCACAAAUCUCGCAACCAACAUCGAAUGGAUCGAUCAAAACUCUUCCUCAUAUUGUUCCUGAGCUGCCCACCCAACCAAUCUUCCAGCCAAGCCCCAAGACUAGGAAGGUGGAGGCUUUGGUUUCGGGGCAGCUGCGUCAAAUUGGCAGCAGUGCUAAACCGUGGCACCCGCCUGUUGAGAAAACCACAAAAGAGCUGGAGACAAAGCUGCUUGAAUAUGUGAAACCAUCGGGUGCAGAUAAGGCACCUUCUCAAGGUGUGCUAGAGCAGUGGGCCGCGGUUUUGCGAAGCAGUCCGGUUGGGUGGUUUUUCGUUUCAACUAAAGCUGCAAAGAUUAACGCAACUGUACUGGGAAGCCCAUACGGCAAUGCCGCGCUAAUUGUUGACGCGAUCGACUCUAUUACAAGGAUGCUCGUGGCAAGUCUCACUGAAGACACAUUUGGCAAGGCCACCCCGACGGUUCCAGAAGCUGUGCGGACAUUCACGCGGACGCUGCUCGUUAUUGAGGAUUUUCUGGCCAAGAACAACCCUGGGGAUAGGAGUGGUAUAGAGGAAGUUGACAUCAUCAUCAAAAGACUGAGGUCUGGCUUGAAGGAGCUAUUAUCAGCAUUCCAGCUCUACCUGAUCGAUGUGGGAUUGGGAAUUUCGGAGCUGAACCAAGCAAAGAAAGCGGUAGAAGCACCCCAACCCGAAGAGGUACAAGAGCAGCAACGUGCACCACCUCCUACACGUAGACAGCUGUUUUCCAACAAGCAACCUACCGCGAACGCUUCGGAGCGCAGAACCGUUUCAUCCACUCAGGAGAGCCGCGGCAAACUUGAGGCACCUCAGCGAUCUCAUGAGGGAACAACCCGAUCAGCGACGGGUGCAAACAUUCGGCCGUCUCGGAGGGAAAUGGAGGAGGUUAGAUGAAGUCCAUAAAGCAAAUGCAUACACACAUAAAAGCAAUCAAACAAGGGUUUCAGAUCUUUUUCAUCCAGUUUAAGUUCUACUGUUUGUGUCUCUACCUAGGUAACUGAGACGCAAGUAGGUCACUGGCAGCCCAGGACUUGACCUCGGGAGCCUCCUUCGGCUUCAUGGU